AUGGCUGACGAGGAGCAGCAAGAGGUGCGACAGGACCAGCAGGAGCAGCAGCAGCAGCAGCAGGAUGCUGGAGGGGAAGGCAAGCAGGUGAAGAGCAAGAGCAAGAAGAACAAGAAGAACAAGAAGAACAAGCAAGACAAGCAGCAGGCAGAGACGGCGGAAGUGGAGACGUCCACAGACCAGGUUGAUCUGCAGGACGACAAUGACGAUGGCAAUGACGACGACGGCGAUGACAAUGCGCAAAGCGGGAACACCGGGGGUAAAACCAGUGGAAACGACGACGCACAGCCUGCUGAUGACGACGAUGGUGACAUGCCUUUGCCAGAAGCAGACACACGCGCCCAGGGCGGAGAAGCAUCUGCCGAAGACCAGGAGCAGUCGCAGCGCAAGCCGCCACAAGUCGUGCAGUCCAUCUCGUCGUGGUGGUCGAAAAAGGCCAAGCCCAACCUGAUGCACCUGAAAGAUGACGUGUCACGUGAACUGACCGACAGCGGGCGCAAGCUGCGCAUCCUCCGGCAGCGUUUCAACGAGUCGCUUGGCUACGGCGACCGCACCGUCGACCUUGAGCUUCAGCCGCGCAUCGAAAUGCUUCUGAAGCGGCAGAAGCAGUACCACGCAAUGGCCGAGCAUGUGCGCCAUCUCAUUGCCACCGUACGCGAGGCAGCGAAGGUGCAGGCUGGCCUGGGCAGCUGCAUGGCUGCCAUCGCCGAUCUGGAGACAGACCUCGCACCACACUUCUCCUCCGCCAGCCGCAUGCAGGACAGCAUGUCUGGGCAGGCGGGCCCGCUGGUGGAGGCGCUCGAGUUCUUCCGCACACAGACGCUUGGUGUGGCGGAUGGGCUGGCCGGAAAUGCCCUGCACCUCAUCCAGCAACACAACAGCGCCCGCUUGGAGUACGACGCAUUCCGUUCGGCGUAUGAGAAAGCAAAGGCGCAGCACUCCCCGCGCACGCCCGUGGCCGAGCAGAAGUUCCUCGAGUCGUACACGCGUCUUGAUUCCCUCCGCGCUGACGUCGUUGCCGCCCUCGACCAGUUCGACUCCCAGCGGUGCGAGGUGAUGCGUUCGCAGCUGCAGGCGCUGAUGACAGCUGUUGGGGCGUUUAUGAGCGGCAACGAUGCCGCCGUCAGCACCGCCCUCGCAGAAUGCAAGCAGCACCCGGCCCCCGCUACGCCCGCACAAGGGGCAGGCGAUGACACAGAGGCACCCGCGCAGCAACAAGACGCCAACAGCAGCAGCGAGUGA